AUGAAAUCUGUGAAUCAUGAUAAGGAAGUGACAGAUAAGGUGACUUCUGAAACUGGUAUUGAGUCAAUUGUUGUUGAUGCUGAAAUAAUCGAAGAUGAGUGGGGUCGUACUCAUGCUAGUGGUAUACAUGUCAGUGGAAGAAUUGUUCUCAAUGUCUGGCGGUUGAUGCGGUCUGAGCUUAAACUGAAUCUAUAUACAGUAGAAGCUGUCGUUGAAGAAGUAUUACGACGAAAGGUUCCUUGUAUACCAUGUACAACGCUGAACAGCUGGUUCUCUAGUGGUAGCCAAAGGGCACGCUUUCGAUGUAUUGAAUAUGUCUUGGAGAGAGCGAAUCUUAACCUUCAGAUACUGAACCAGCUAGACAUGGUGCGUUAA